AAUUGUGGACAGGAUACCAGACGAUAAUGAAUCAAUGAUUAUUUUCAAUUGUUUUUAGUGGUAAACCAUUAAAUAUAUGUUAAUAAUAGCCAAAGACUAGUUUGCUAAGAAAUUAUUAAUGAUUUUCAAUGCGAAACUCUUUCUUUAAUCAAAUAUGGCGGCUGCACAAUGCGUAACUUUUAAACUAUUUACAAUAAUAAGUAUUAUAGUUUGCUUAAUUAAUGCUUGUGGAGGGGAUCAACAGGAAGCCGAGCUUCGAGAUAGUGAUAAGAAUUACAUUGAUUAUUAUUUAAAAGCGAAAGUAGCUUUUGAAGAGAAAGAUUGGCCGGCUUUAUUCGACUACGUGUCAACUUCAAUACACGAAUACGAAAGCGUUCGAAGGGUUAAAGUAUCUUGUUCUCAAUUAUGUAAGAAAGGAGGAACAUACCAAGAUAUAACUACUGAAGAAUCCAAAUUGAUUUUGAAUUUAAUAGAAAAUUCUCAUUGUAUUAGAAGCUGUUUAUCUAAGCGUCUAAAACAGACGCCCAGUAAUUAUGAAGUAGACAAAGCUUUCAAGUUACUCGAACCGUAUGAAUACUUACUAGCUGCUGCUUUUGAGAUCGGUAACUUAAAAGCUGCCGCAAAUGCUGCUUAUACAUUGUAUAUAAGCAAUCCAGAAUUAAAUAACGAUAAACUUAAACGAUUUGGCGAUUUAGAAGGCUUUGACGAAAGUUUGUUUGUUAAUUAUUUGGAAAAGUCGUACGAGGUGUCGUGGGAUAAAAUAUUGGAUUUAUAUCAAAAAGAGGAAUUUAAGAAGCUUAUUAAUGUGAUCGAGGAAACGUUAUCUGAAGUAGAAGAGGAAACUGAAAAGUGUAGAUCUCUCUGCGACUAUGAUCUCUUGAACUUUGCUGAAAAUGAUACAGCACUCCAUAAUGUUCUAUCAAGAGGCCUAAUUGAGAAUAUCAAAUGUAAGGUCGAUUGCAAACGGAAAGUACAAACAAUCAAAGGAUAUUUUAUAGAGAAUUUCGUCAGAGAUUUAUUCGAUUACUUACAAUUUGCUUAUUAUAAAGUCAAAAAGAUAAAGGAAGCGGCGGAAUGUAGCUUGACUUAUCUCCUCUUUACGGCUGAUGACAAGAGGCAGAAGUCUAAUUUGAAAUACUAUCUUCAGAUCCUAGGUCAAGAAGAUCUAUCUCCUCGAAAGGCCUAUGUCGAAACGACAAGAAGAGACAACGAAGAGGCAGCUCAAGUUUUCCACUUGAAAGAAAUCGAAGCUCAGACUCUUAAGAAAAGGAGCGAAGAAGAAAUAGUUUCAUCAUUUAAUAAACGGCACGGACUCUCGAUUUACGCCAAUGGCAACGAGCUUAAAGGCGAAAAUCAUAUUGUAGUAGACGGUCUUCUAAAUGAAGAAGAGUGUAAUGCACUUACGGAACUUGCUACAGCGUAUAGCAGUGUAGCUGAAAAGAGCGAGCAUAAAGAUUACAAGAAGGAAGUUUUAACCGUGGGCGAUGCUGUGCAGAUGGCGCUUCGGGAUAAAAAAUUGGACAUUCUUCGUGUCGAAAAGUACUUGGAAGUGGUUGAAAAAGCUAGAAAGUUUACUGAUUUAUAUUUUUAUCUUGAUGGGAAAAUAUAUUAUUCAUUAAUAGAAUUAACUACGAAGAAUUCUAAAGAUCUGGAAUAUUGCGAUUCGCCUGAAAGCAGUUGUGCAGAUUCUCCCGAUAUCACAGCUUCACUGUUCCUCGAAUCGGAAAGCGAAGUUGAAGGUCUUGUUAAGCCUAAUUGCGGACGAAUGAUAGUUCAAAAAUUAGGUCACAGAGUAUCCCCUAUUCAAAAUAGCAAUAGGUACUUUAUCAAAAUGGAAUUUUCUUUCAAUCGCCGUUCAAUACAUCAAACAAUUCAAAACUCUCUUUCGCUAUUUAAUUCCGUUCGGAAAAUGGAGAAUAUGGAGGAGAAGGAAAAUUUCUUGAAAAUUGUUCAAGAAGACCACUUGGAAGUAUUUAAGAGGGAAGACGACUUGAACGGAACCGAUAGAUUCGUUGUUGAUAAUGUGCUAGAUGAAGAUACUUGUAAACUUUUAAUUGAUUUAGCAGACACCGGCUCGCUCGUUGGUGACGGUUAUCCAGGAAUGGAGUCGCGAACAUCUCCACAUACAAAUAGUGAAUUUUUCGCUGGAAUGACCCCUAAAAGGGCGGCGGAAUUGGUGAAAGAGAAAAAGGCGUUGAAGGAGGCGGUUACAACUUACCUUCGAAAGAGUGAAAGAAGCCGACAAAUAGCUGAAAGUUACUUUACAAACGGAAAGAAACAAAUUUAUUUUGAUUAUACGCAUUUGGUUUGUAGAGAGGCUAUUGAAGGUGCACAAAAUAACCGCCAAGAUUUAAGUCACCCUAUACACGCCGAUAAUUGCGUUAUGCAGAAAGAUAAGACUUGUAUUAGAACAAGGCCGGCUUACGUUCAAAGGGAUUAUAGCGCCAUCUUGUAUCUCAAUGGCGAUUUCGAAGGAGGCAAAUUUUUGUUCGCUAAUCAAAAUUUUACCACGCAAGCCUUACUUGAACCGCAGUGUGGAAGACUUGUCGGCUUUAAUGCUGGUCAUUAUCACGGCGUCUUACCUGUAACGAAAGGACGUCGGUGUGCCGUUGCUAUGUGGUUUACACUCGACCCAAACUACGACGAACUAAAUCGUUACACUGCCCAAGAGAUUUUGGAUGAAGCUGAUAUUGUCAAAGCUAUGGGUCCUUGA